AUGAAGAAAGAAUUACGCUUCCUUAUAUGGACUCACGUUGUGGUGAUAUUGUUCUUAGUCUUCCAAGUUAGGGACUUGAUCACUCUUAUUUACGAUGAUACUUUCCAAGACUCGCUAUCAAGUGUCGACGUUAAUCCCCCAGAAGGCACUGCCAAACUCGAAUUAAUCCCAAAAAUCAUCCAUCAAACCUAUAAGACCGCUGACAUCCCUGAAAAAUGGAAGGAGGGUCAACAGAGUUGUAUUGACUUGCACCCAGAUUAUCAAUAUAUUUUAUGGACAGAUGAAAUGGCAAGAGAGUUCAUCGCUGAUAAUUAUCCUUGGUUCCUCAAAACUUUUGACGGCUACAAAUUCCCAAUCCAAAGAGCGGAUUCCAUCCGUUAUUUUAUCCUCAACCAUUUUGGUGGUAUCUAUAUCGAUCUUGACGAUGGUUGCCAACGUAAAUUGGAUCCUUUGCUCACAGUUCCUGCGUUUGUUAGAAAAACCGCGCCAUCAGGGAUAUCUAACGAUGUCAUGGGUAGUGUUCCCCGUCAUCCAUUUUUCCAAAAAGUUUUGGACAACUUGGAAAAAUACAAUUAUAACUACAUUGUACCAUACAUUACCGUCAUGUACACUACUGGUCCUCUUUUCCUUUCAGUUAUUUGGAAACGUUAUAAGAGAUGGGGUGUUCCUGAAGGCGGUGUGGUUAGAAUCCUCCAACCAGAUGACUACAAGAAGCAUCCAUACUCAUUCUUCAAGAUCGCUAAAGGUGAUUCCUGGCAUCGCGGUGAUGCUCAAUUCAUUAAAAGUCUUGCUGGUCAUAUCUUUGAAUGUGUUGUUGCUGGUACUGCCCUCGUACUUUUCAUCUUUUAUUUGGAAUACAAACUUUAUGUGUGGCUUCAAAAUGGUAACUAUGUGAAGAUCAGAAAUCUGAUUUGCCGUGUUUUGCAUUUGUCAAUCAAAGAUGAAGACUCUGAGAUCCCUUACUUUGUUAUUGCUGAUUCUAGCGAAGCAAAUAUUCAUCGUCGAACACCUUCUGCCACUAAUGAUAAUUCGCGAAACGGGAUGUUGAAGCUUGUGGGGCUUCAAGGCAACAUUUUGGAUCAAUUCCUUGGCGGCCGCAAACUUAACCGUAAUAGAAAAGACUCUAACAUCAUUUUGCCAAAUGUUGACAUUGAGCUUAAUUUCACUGAUAACUAG